AUGGUCCCCUCCGAUGAGAGCAGCGACCGAUAUACUGCGCUGCGUCAUCGACGGAACAGAAGGGUUCCUUAUGACAACCAGGCAUGUAUCGAGUGCAAGAGAAAGAAGAUCAAAUGCGACGGUGUCAACCCCUGUGCGGCAUGUACACGGAACUCAGUCACGUGUGGGUACCACCCGCAUCGUCGAGUCUUAGCUGCUCAGAAACCCAAUUUACGUUCUGUGGUCCCUCAAGCUCCGAGUUCACCUUCGGAGUUGUCAGGAAAUCUGGAGGCCAUGGGAAUUCCCCCAGCCAUUCUAGACAAGUCAACACCGAGGACCAACUCCGCCUCGAAUAUGCCAUCUCAUCUAGCACAAUACGGGCCAUUCAUGAAGCUGCGGGCCCAAGAUCCGCUAUGGGAAGUAAAUCUUGAAGAUGCGACAAACCACAUUAAGCAGUGGUUUUCGGGCACUGGCUUCCUCUACGCUGUUGUCAGUGAAGAGCAGAUGCUAGCGGUUGCCAGUAAUGUUUUGAACACUCUGCAGCUCUUUCAGAGCGCCACCGAAGCUGGCGAGGGGCUCCUUUGGGGCACAAAUUCGAUCAGCAACAUACAAUUGCUGGUGCUCAUGGCCCUUUACUACUACCACCUCGACGAAGAAGUGCGGACCGGUCGCAUCAUUGAUUUCCCAGCCCGUCUCUGCCUCGAAAUGGGCUUGCACCGCCGAACAUCCAUGGACCGCUACGCCAACAACUCGGAAGAGCAAGCUGCAGGCGUGUAUAUGCUAGAAAGAAGGACGAGCCUGGGACAGGGGAAUCCGUUCUACAUACAGGACUGCCACGUUGACCCUACGCUACUUGCGAUGAAUGGCCACGACGCAGUGAUGACCGCGCUCCUCGACUGGACGAAACUAGCUGGCAAGAUGUGGUACGCCCUCAAUAGCCAAGUUGAGAAGGAGAGUGAACUCAACAUCGACGAAAUCGACUAUCUCGAUUAUCAAAUAGAGCAGUGGUACCAACUUCUAGCUGAUGACCUGAAGCUUGAACCUAUCCAGCCGGGACAAGAGGUUCGGCACGUUCAGGCCGUGCUUUUCCUCAGCAAGAGUCACCUACACAACUUGAUCUGUCGCCCGGUGCUUCAAUCCGCAACGCUGAUCGUGCAGCACCAGAGACAUGCUCACAAAGCCGUCGCUGUCGCCAGGGAGUCGCUGCAGAUGCUCUCGAGCCUCAACGAAAACACUACCAUCAUCAAGCGGAACCCGCUCUUCUUCAAGCACCUCUUGCUCACUGCCUUUGGGAACCUGUUGCUGGCGGUUGUGAAUGCCAGCUCCAUGUUUUGUGACAAGGUCACAAUUGAGUUAGACAUUGCGCUCGAAAUGAUCAGAGCUCUGAGCAAACGGUCGCCGCUGCUCCUGGUUCUCUGGGAGCGUCUUCAAGGCCUACGAAAGCUCAGGGCACAGCUGUCCGGCUCUUCCCUCACAGCAUCCAGUGGCAGUGAGCCAGGCGAACAAGGGGAGAGCGUUGAUAGCCCGUCUGAUGCCUUGCUGUUCGGAAACAUGGGAGAUAUGAUGGUUUUCGACCAGCUCAACGGUUUCUUUGACCUUACACCCAUGUCCACGAAUUGUGCAACGAGCAAUUGGACAUUUCCGAUUGGUGAUUGAGCAAAUUCCGGCCGCUUCCGAAGCGGAACUAAUAGCGGGGUUAAACUACCUCCGAUGAUCCCGGCGGGGUCAUCACUUAUUAAUAACUGAACGAAACAUCAAAGGAUUACCUCAGU